UAUAUGGGACGCAGAAUCCUCGCACUAUUUGGUGAACGUGUGACUAUGCAGUUCCUUAGUCAAGCCAUGGGGUUCGCGGACUGCGUCUUACUUGCUAUGGCCCCUCUCGGUAUACUUACUAUCAUUGUAAGCGCGAUCAGAGUCAAAGGUCCACCUUGGUUGAAGAGUAUUAUUGGGCGGGCUAGGGAGAAUCUCUCUACUGCCGAAAUUGAAUUAAUGUCGUCCACUUCAAGAGAGGUCUGUGAGCUCUGGAAUGGUCUAAAUCUGGUUAGAUGUCAAGGAUCUGCUGAGAUAUGGCAGUUUAUAUGCUUGAUACCAGACUCAGUCAAGUCCGGGGGUGAUAAGCAUCCCCAACAUGAAGUGGAAAUCAAGUCACUAAGAGACAUGUUAGAAGAAAAAGUUCUUGUCAACCAGGCACAUGACGGGCCAAGAGAUCUAGAUAGAGAAAUCCCAAGAGAUCGAUUAGUAGACCGGGCCAAAGGGGAACCGAAAAUAACAAUUGUUCGAGACAUGACAACUAACGCCGCACCGAACAUAUCACUCAAUAGCCAUGACAGCAGGCGAAUGGAAACCACUGUGUGGGCAGUUAUUAGUAUCCUGGUUCAACUUGGAGUUCUUGCGUUCUACUGUUGCACCAUAUACUAUCAACCAUGGAAACACCGCUUCUCCAAGAACGAUAAACAAGUGGUUUGGUAUGCAUUUCCUGCCGUCGCUGCUGGAACUAUUGUUCUGGUGCUAGGAUUGCUAAUCUGUGCCUUUGUUGUGGAGCAAAGCACCAGAGAAGACCGAUAUAAAACUAUGAAUAGUGAUAAGAUCCGGAUGGUAUGGUUGCAAAAGCAUAAAACUGUUAAUGACCAAGUGUUCAACUCUUUUGCGAUCUACCCAUCCAGCGGACCAGAACAGCAUACUUUUAUAACUUCUCACCGAAAAGAUGAACAAGGUCAACCAGACGAGCCCAAAAAGAAAGGCUCACUUGGUUCCACAACAUUAGCCAAGUUUACCGCAGUAUUGCAAAGUCUGGAGACACUCACAACACUUGGCACAUUUCUCUCUCUUUUGGGCUUCUUUUUUCAGUUUACUGGCAUACGUGCUAUGAACUGGAGGGCUUCACUUGUUCAACUCGGCGCGAUUAUUCUGAUGACAAUCUUGCGAUCAUGGGUUCGGCGUGGAUUUUCGAGAGCCCCAGGAUCAACACCUCUAGUUCCAGGGUUCGAACUUGAUUGGUUCGCUCUUUCUUUGGUGCAUCCAUACAACGAAAGAUGGAUGGGAUCUACAAUUAGUGACAAUAGUUCUCGGAGUAAAGCCCUA